GAUGAAACGUUUUGAAACAUGCCCAAUUCUACAAAACGAAAUAAAUUUCAUCUCAAUGUGUUCCAAGUCGGAACAAUUAAUGACGACCACUGGCAUUGGGGUGUAACCAGGUAUAACAUAAUAGCUAAUUACGCAUUGUCGAUGACUUGUUUCGUCCAUUGGUAAUCUACAAAUUUCCGUAUCGUUACAACACGCAAAAUUUUAUUCAAGAUUCGAUCAAGAACGCUUCGUUCCUCCUUCAAACAAUUGUUUGGCGCGAUGGAAGGCUAAUUGCCUUUUGAUUAAUACCAUUUAAUCGAGUCCAUUAAAUUUGAUUUAAAGUCUCCGCCAGAGAGUUUAUUCAUUGUGUAUUUUUAUCGCGACUUUUAUCAGCCCAUUCAUGUUACUUUAUUUAGAUUUAUAAAGAUGUUGUGCUCAACGCGUUAAACUAGUUUUUGUUUUCUAUCAAGGACUGACCAUGCAUUAAUUAAUUUACAUGACAAUAGAUUUUUCGAUACUCUGAAGAAUCGAGUAUUAUACAGAUUGUGUUUGGUGUAUAUUUAUGCAGAUGUAGUCAAACGAGAAUUUAAAUUCGCUUGAUGUUGUUGAUUUCUUUCGAAAAAGAAGAACAAUUUAAACGAAAAUCGUAAACUAUUAUGAGCACAUAUCAAGACAGGUGUUUCGUCUUCUUUUUCUAAUUAAUUCCCACCAAAUGUGAAGAAGUCAUAGUAAAUGCCAUAUAAAGGCAUUGAAUCUCAGAGCAUAGUUUCCAUUUAUGUUGUAAAAAUUGUGAAUACGAGUGCGCAUCUGGUAAAACAAAAAUAAAUAGAAAUCUGUGAUAGAGUGGACGUAUUUAAUUAAACUUUAAUCUCUCGAAGUGUCGUAAGAGGCAACCGUAUUAAAAUGAAAUAUUUAUUGAUCGCUUGUAUUGCGGUUAUAAUUAGCCAAUUAUGUGAUGCACACGAAUACUUAUACGACCAAGAUGACUCAGAUCUAAGUUGGUUGUAUGACAAUCAAAUAUACGCUAAUGGAUAUUACGGUGAUUUCGAUGACUAUGUACCGAAUAGUUACCGUAAAUCAGUGCAAUAUCCACCAAUUGUAAGCUAUGAUCCGAGGCCUUACUAUGUUGACGAUUGGAACGAUGACUACCCUGUUUAUUUAUCAUAUGAAUCGUUGCCACGCAUUCAAAAGAAACCAGUUUAUUUUAGACCUCCUCCUCCUUCUACUACACAGCAACCAUCUACUGACGGAUAUUACUAUCCAGCUCCUCAAUCUAAAUAUCUACCGCCGAACAAAGAAGCAAUACCAUUCGCUCCGGCUAGGCAUCCAGUUGCACCAAAAAAAGUAGAGCGACCAUCCACAGAUGGAUAUCACUAUCCAGCACCCAAAACUGAAUAUCUACCCCCAAGCAAAGAAGCGAUAUCAUUUGUUCCUACUAAGAAACCAGUUUUACCAUCAACUGAUGGAUAUCACUAUCCAGCACCUGAAACAAAAUAUCUACCGCCAAGUAGAGAACCGGUACCAUUUGUGACAACUAAAAAACCAGAAGUACCGAAAGCUGUUUAUCUUCCGCCGAAGGCGCUUUACCUACCACCAACAAGAAGACCAACUACAGCUACUCCAAAGACAACAACUAGGCCUGCAACGACAAGAACAACAACUACGUCAAAGCCUUCCACUCCAAAGUCUCUGUAUCUCCCUCCAAUCAUUGUUCCAGAACCAUCAGUAGUUGGUGAAUAUCUACCACCUCCACGUGAAUUAGCACACAAUUUGCAACCACCACCGAUUUCAGGGGGAAAGCCGAUUCUAUUUAAUUAAAUCUUAGAGGUUGAAAUUAAUUUAAAUAAAAAAAAACUGAAACUAAUGCUUUGCGUGGUCUUUUAUUCUUUGGACUAAAACGGUCAUCAAAUCGUAUAAAUCUAUUCGAGAACCUAUUAGGUUCUUUAGGAAAAAAAACUUAUCAAUCUGUAGUCGGACCAGAUUUUUUUCCCUUUCGAAUUGGAAGCUCUGAUCGAAACAGAGUGUAAUUUACUGUAAUGAAAUUCAAGUAAACAGAAUGAAGCUGUCAGGAAUAAAAAUCAGAAUUAAGAGGGAAAAGAAACGUAGACAAACACCUGGAGUUCAAGUGAACGGAAAAUUACAAAAUAUAAUAAAAACUAAAAACAAUAUUCUCAUAUGCAAUUGACAAACUGGUAAAAAAAACCUUUAUUAACAUAGUUAAAUGAUGAACAAAAGUAUAAAAUAAAAAUUAUUUAACAAAAUGAAAUUAAACAAAAAAACAAAACCGCAAACCAACUAAACUGAGCCGUGUAUAAAAGAGUUUCACUUUUAACUAAAAAACAAAAAAACAAAAUUUACUUUUCGAACACAGAACUAGCAAGAAAGAUAAUUUAAAUAAAACUAAAGUAAAAGUAAAAAUAAACAAUUUUUCGGUUAAUUAAAGUUUUUGGACCACCAUGCCUUGAGGGUACCUGUUUGCUGGAAAUGUAUGUUAGAAAAGACGAUAUACGCUGAAAAAUAGUUGGAAAACCAGUUUUAAAAAAAAUGAAAGGAAAAUGGAAGAAUUAUUGAAA